GACCAGAAGAUCAUCGUCCAGGAGGCGCCGCCCCAGCAGAUUGUCAUCCCCCGCCAGGAGCCCAACAUCAUCGUCCUGAGGGAGCGUGAGGGCGAGCGGGACGUCGCCCGCGUCCCCUACGAUGAGGAGUACUACUACCGCCAUGAGCGCCGCGAGGUCGGCGCCCCCAAGGGCGACCGCCGCAUAGGCCGCCGCCGCGACGAGUACCACAGCGACGACGACGACUACUACUACUCCCGUCGCACCGUCCGCCGCGACCGCAGCCAGAGCUCGGAUCACCACAAGCGCCACCUCGCCGAGGGCGCCCUUGCCGGCGCCGGCAUCACCGCGCUGCUCUCCAGCCGCCCCAACGAGUACGGGGAGAUUCCCGAGGGCCGCGGCAAAAAGGUCCUCGCCGGCGCCGCCCUGGGAGCCAUCGGCACCGAGGCCAUCCGGCGAGCCCACAGCGCCUACGAGGACCGCUACGGCGACGGCGAGGAAUCCCCCGACCGCCACUCCGCCCUCAAGAAGGGCCUGGGCAUCGCCGCCGUCGCUCUGGCUGCCGCCGGUGCCGUCAAGUAUCACCAGGCCAGCAAGGCCGAGAAGGAGGAGAGGCGUCGUGGCCGGAGCCGGGGCCGAGAGUACUACUCCUCCGAUGACGAAUACUCGUCCUCGCGCUCGCGCUCGCGCCGACCCAGCCGCAAGCGCAGCCUCUCGACCUUGGCCAAGGCCGCCGUCGGGACGGCCGCGGCCGCCGGCCUUGUCAAGCACUUCCGCGACAAGUCCAAGUCGCGGUCCAAGUCGCGGCACAGGAGCCGGUCCCGCAGCAAGUCGGUGCUUCGACGCGGCGCCGAGAUUGCUGCCGGCGCCGCCGCCGCCGGCAUAGCCGGCAAGGUGUGGAAGGACCACCACGACAAGAAGAAGGAGAGAGACGCGUCGACGUCUCGAGGGUACAGCGACGAUGAUCGCGACUAUGACAGGCGUAGCUCCGUCAGCAGGAGCAGGAGUAGGAGCAGGUCGAGAGCCCGAUCCCUUUAUUCCGAGGCCGCGGCUGAUCCUGGGCUAGGCUUGAUUGAGUACGGGCAUGACCCCCUACCACCCGAUCCGCGCUCUCCCACCGGCCAGGGCUACGAGUCCGAGGCCGAGGAGAGGCGCCGAAACCGACAGAGAAGACGGAGAGACCCAUCAUCAUCCUCGGAAUCCGACGACGACAGGAAGCGAAGCAGGAGCAGGUUGCGAGACUUGGCGGCCGCGGGCGCCGCGGCGGCGGGCAUUAAGGA